AUGGUUUUGCUUGCGGCCAUCGAUCAAGGAACUUCCAGCAGUCGCUUCCUCGUAUUCGAAGGCGACACCGGAGAUCUAGUGACAAGCCAUCAGGUAAAUUUCAUUCACCAAUACAGAAACAUUGGAAGAAAAAUUCUAACUCCGACUUCUACGAGAGAUGGGAUCGAGGUGCGGCAGCUGUUUCCCAAUCCGGGAUGGGUGGAAAUGGAUCCAUCUGAGAUUAUCGAUACUGUCAAAGAAUGCAUCGCUAAAGGUGUUGAGAAACUCGAAAAUCUUGGCAUUUCGGCUGAUGAGAUCAAGUCUAUCGGUAUAGCUAAUCAAAGAGGUCGAUUGCUCUUUGGGACUGUCGAUACAUGGCUCAUCUGGAAUUUGACGGGAGAGCACGUCACCGAUGUGUCGAACGCCUCCAGAACUCUUUUACUAGAUCUGCGGAAGCGGAAGUGGUCCUCCGAACUUUGCAACUUCUUCGAAGUUCCAUAUGAUAUUCUGCCGACAGUCAAAUCGAGUGCUGAGGUUUACGGUGCUAUCACUGAAGGCCCUUUGAAAGGUUUUCCGAUUGCUGGUUGCUUGGGUGAUCAGCAGGCUGCAAUGGUUGGCCAUAAUUGUUUGGGAAAAGGAGACACGAAAAACACCUAUGGAACGGGAACGUUCAUGUUGACCAAUAUUGGUACGGAAGUCAUAAUAAGCAAGAAUGGCCUCUUGACCACAGUCGGUUUUCAGUUUGGUCCCGAUUCACCAGUCGUAUUUGCUUUGGAAGGUUCAGGCUCUAUAGGUGGAAAUGUUGUCCGGUUUCUACGCGACAACUUCAACUUCAUCAAUAGUGCAGCGGAGAUGGAACCGAUAUGUCGAUCAGUGGAGAAUACAGAAGGAGUCAUUUUUGUGCCAUGUUUCACCGGUCUCUACACUCCGUACUGGGAUCCAACCGCACGAGGGACAAUUCUUGGACUUACACAGGUGACGAAUCGCGCUCACGUCUGCCUCGCUGCCCUUCGAGCUGUUGCUUACCAAAGCGCCGAGAUGAUCAAAGCUGUGGAGCAAGAUCUCGAGGAUAGCGAUUUGGUUAAAACCCUUAAGACUGACGGCGGUAUGACAGCAAACGUGCUGUUUAAUGAGAUUCAAGCUGAAAUCAUUGGAAAAGUGAUCAAAACUCCCAAGAUCACUGAAAUCUCUGGUUGGGGAGCGGCCGUUGCGGGCGGUAUCGGAGUGCAAGAAAUCAGCCUCGACGAGUUUUCUGCUCGAGAGCCACCGACGACCACCUACAUGCCCCAUUCGGACGAAGAUCGAAGAGCAGCCGACAUAGAACGAUGGAGAGAUGCCGUCGGUAGGGCUCGUGGUUGGGCUCAAGCGGCAAAAUGA